GCGAAGAUCCAAGAUAAAGAGGGGAUUCCACCAGAUCAGCAGCGAUUGAUCUUUGCUGGUAAGCAACUCGAGGAUGGGAGGACCCUUGCUGAUUACAAUAUCCAGAAGGAGUCCACGCUACAUUUGGUGCUGCGAUUGAGGGGAGGUAUGCAGAUAUUCGUCAAGACUCUAACCGGGAAGACGAUCACUUUGGAGGUGGAGAGCUCGGAUACAAUUGAUAAUGUGAAAGCAAAGAUUCAGGAUAAGGAAGGUAUUCCACCAGAUCAGCAGAGGUUAAUCUUUGCUGGCAAGCAGCUGGAGGAUGGUCGUACGCUUGCUGAUUAUAACAUCCAGAAAGAAUCUACCCUUCACCUUGUGCUUCGCCUCCGCGGUGGCUGUUGACAAGUUCAUUCCAUGCUCGCUUUGAUCUGUUGCUUUUACGUUGGCAUCUUUUCGUUGAACAAUCUUUUAGACUUAUGUUUGUUAUAAUUCUGGUAGACUCUUUUAAGACUUGUGUGAUAUGUGCCUUAUAAUGGCAUUGGUUAUGUUUCCUUGGUUUUGCAAUGAACACCUCUUGAAUGGUUAUAGGGACCCUGUCAUGCUAAAGUGAAGUUUACACUUCUCAUAUGAGAAAGAGUUGUAACUUCUAACUUUUUUGUGUGGUUUUUAAAUAACUAAUUCUGGAUUUAGAUACUGAA